AGGAACCCGGUGCAGUUCCAAAUCGCCGUACUCUGGCCAGGCGCCUGGUUAGUCGUUACUCAUCGUUCGAGGCGGUUACAACCAAGACAGCCAAAUUAGCCAAGCAAAAUGCUGGACGCUGAGGUGCGAGAACUUAUGCAACCCUUUGUGCUGAGUGAUUACCAGGUGCAGGAGGUGUACAGUCGCUUCUGCCUGGAGGUAGCCCGUGGCCUGAAGCGUUCCACACAUCCGCAGGCCAAUGUGAAGUGCUUUCCUACGUACGUGCAGGAUCUGCCGACGGGCGACGAAAUGGGCAAGUUCCUGGCUUUGGAUCUCGGCGGCACCAACUUCCGGGUGCUGCUCGUCUCGCUGAAAGGUCACCACGACGCAACAGUCAGUUCUCAGAUCUACGCCGUGCCCAAGGACUUGAUGGUGGGUCCGGGCGUGGAGCUAUUCGAUCACAUCGCCGGCUGCCUGGCCAAGUUUGUGGAGAAACACGACAUGAAGACCGCCUAUCUGCCCUUGGGUUUUACCUUCUCCUUUCCCUGCGUGCAGCUGGGCCUCAAGGAAGGCCUCCUGGUGCGCUGGACCAAGGGCUUCGAUUGUCCUGGAGUGGAGGGCGAGGAUGUGGGCCGCAUGCUGCACGAGGCCAUUCAGCGGCGCGGGGAUGCCGACAUUGCCGUGGUUGCCAUUCUCAAUGACACAACAGGCACAUUGAUGUCCUGCGCCCAUCGUAACGCCGACUGUCGAGUGGGCGUCAUCGUGGGCACUGGCUGUAAUGCCUGCUACGUCGAGGAUGUGGAGAAUGUUGACCUUCUACAUGCGGAUUUCAAGAAGACGAAACGACAGGUGAUUGUGAAUGCGGAGUGGGGAGCAUUUGGCGAGGGCGGGCAAUUGGAAUUUGUGCGCACCGAGUACGAUCGCGAGGUGGACGAGAAGUCCAUCAACCGAUCGGAGCAGCUGUUCGAGAAGAUGACGGCGGGCAUGUACCUUGGUAACCUGGUGCGCCUCGUUCUGUUGCGGGCCCUCGAGCGCAAGUUGAUCUUCAAACAAAGCAGCCGGCGGCCGGAGUUCGCCAGCGUCCUGCAAAAGAACCAGGAGGUCUUCGAGACUCGCUAUAUUUCCGAGAUCGAGGACGACUCGUUCCCAGAGUUUGCCAGCACCAGGAAGAUUGUAAAGCAGCUGUUUGGCCUGGAAAAGGCUUCCGUGGAGGACUGCCAGACGCUGAGGUACAUCUGCGAGUGUGUGGCCAAGCGAGCAGCCACCCUAGUCGCCAUCGGAGUGAGUGGUCUGGUCAACAGGACCUCCAACCGUCGUGUGAUAGUCGGCAUGGAUGGCUCCGUGUACAGGUACCACCCGAAGUUCGAUUCCUACAUGCGGCAAAUUCUGCAGAAGCUGGUGAAAGCGGACAAGGAGUGGGACAUUAUGCUAUCGGAGGACGGAUCAGGACGUGGAGCUGCGCUGGUGGCCGCGGUGGCCAGCAAAUCGAAGUAGGAACUAACUACUAUGUAGCAAUAAUAGAAGGAAUAAAGAAACUCUUGACUUACAA